AUGGAGGGUCGAAUACUUGCUACGAUCUUUUUGUUCAUGAUCAUUCUGGUUGCUUCACCUUCACCAAGUUCAUGUGCCAGACUUAAUGGUUUUCCCACAACAUAUACUUUAAGAGACGAUGGUGCCAUUGGUUAUUAUGGUGAUCAAGUUGCUGCUGCGACAUCAAAUUCAUUUCAUGAUAAUGAGUAUGGUGAUGUUUUUGCAACCCCAAAUACAUUCAAAGAGUAUUAUCGUCCUCUUGCAAAUCGCCAAACCGAUGAUGAUUUACAAGCAUUCCCAGAUCCAUGGAGAUCACUUGCAAAAAGCGAAUUCAAUGUGAUGAAUUAUGGCGCUGUUGGGAAUGGCCAAGUUGAUGAUACACAAGCCUUUCUAAAAGCAUGGGGAGAUGUUUGUGGAUCCACUCAAGGCAUCCCUACACUUAUUAUACCAAAGGGCAACACUUUCUUGCUCAAUUCUGUGGAGUUUAAAGGACCUUGCAAGGCUGCAAGUGUAAAUUUCCAGCUAAGUGGGAACAUUGUUGCACCAAAUAAUAUGAAUGCUUGGAAAGACAAGGACCAAUGGGUUCAGUUUGAUGAUGUUCAAGGUCUGAUAAUCAAUGGAGGAGGUCAAAUUGAUGGUCAAGGUCAGGUUUGGUGGAAAGUUUGCGACACUACAAAUUGCCAACGACCAACUGCUCUUCAUAUUAGCAAGUGUGAUGGUCUCCGCUUGAGUAAUAUUACACAUAUUAAUAGUGCGAGAAACCAUAUAAGCAUCACCGACUGCAAUGGCGUUCAAAUUUCUGAUAUCCUUAUUAGGGCUCCUGAUGAAAGUCCAAACACUGAUGGAAUUGACAUCUCUGCAUCAACCAAUAUUAACAUUCACAAUUCUUUUAUAGGCACUGGUGACGACUGUAUUGCAAUCAUUUCUGGUUCAUCUCAUAUCAACAUUACUGAUGUUAUGUGUGGUCCAGGCCAUGGUAUAAGUGUUGGAAGUCUUGGUAAGCAAGGUUCUUAUAGCACAGUGGAAGAUGUGCAAGUGAGAAACUGCACCUUCAACGGAACACAAAAUGGAGCAAGAAUCAAGACAUGGCAAGGCGGGUCAGGGUAUGCUAGGAACAUCAGUUUUGAGGAUAUCAUAAUUCAAGCAGCCAAGAACCCUAUCAUUAUAGACCAGAAGUAUACUGAUAAUCUCUCUACUGGAACUGGAACUGGAACUGGAACCCUGCUUGACCAAGAAAAUGCUGUACAAGUGAGCGAUGUGACAUUCCGUAACAUUCGGGGAUCUGUUGCUGGGGAUACAGCCAUUACUUUGGACUGUGACGAUAAAAUUGGUUGCAAAAACAUUGUAAUGGAUCGCAUAGACUUAACUUCAUCUGUUCCUGGCAAGAAGGUUUCUGCCCACUGCAAGAACGUUAAAGGAUUAUCUACUUUAUUAUCUCCCAGUGUGUCAUGUCUUUAA